UCGUGGUAAGCAAAGACAUACCCAUAAUACACUGAGGCAGUCCUUUUCCGUUUCCGCCAUCAUGAAGCUCGAACUUUGUGCCUUCAGCGGGUACAAAAUAUACCCUGGCCAUGGAAGACGUGUUGUUAAGGCUGAUGGCAAGGUCACCAUCUUUUUGAAUGCAAAAUGUGAGCGGUCUCAUUUGAUGAAGCGAAACCCUCGUAAGAUCAACUGGACUGUGCUUUACAGACGCAAGCACAAGAAGGGCCAGACUGAGGAAGUCUCUAAGAAGAGAACCAGACGCACAGCCAAGUUUCAGCGUGCUAUUGCUGGUACCAGUUUGACAGAUAUUAUGGCAAAGAAAAACCAGAAGCCUGAAGUGAGGAAGGCCCAGAGAGAACAGGCCAUCAGAGCUGCUAAAGAAAAACAAAGAGCAAAGGAUUCUGCUAAAAAGACUUCUGCACCUAAAGUUGCAGCUCAAAAAACUAAGGCAGCCAGGCCCAUGCAGAAAUCUGCACCAAGAGUGGGAGGCAAAAGAUAAAAAGACUGUUGGAAUUUUGUACAUUACUAAAAAUGUGUAAAUUAAAAAAUAUGAA